AACUCUAAUAAAAGUAAAAAACCAUUGAACUCUUGCACUUCAUCUUAAGUUCUUCGCUUCCUUUCGUGCUGUUAACCAUACUAAAAAAUUCACCACAUAACUGUAAACUGUGCCGUCAAAAGUGUUCUGAAGUGAUUGCAGCUCACCGUUGAUUUGAUUGGAAUAUCGUUUUAUUUAUAUGCUCACAAACUGCACGUUUAAAUUUAACGAUGAUGGCGAGCUAGUGUUGGUCAGCGUUGCCGAUUGGGGCGGCCGAGAGUCGACUGAGCCUCUGGAAACCCUCAAUUUGCCCGUGGAUCGUGUGAUCAUUGCGCACACUGACACCGAGGGUUGUGCAUCGACGGAUGGCUGUUCCUAUCGAGCACGGUUUAUACAAGCCUAUCACAUAGAUACCUUGAGAUGGGGUCAAGUGGGCUACAAUUUUAUGAUCGGUGGCGAUGGACACGUCUACGUGGGUCGCGGCUGGGAUUACGUUGGUGCUCACACCAUUGGCUCGAACCGUAUUAGCAUUGCUAUCGCCUUCAUUGGCAACUACAAUAAGAUUGAACCCACUCAAGAGCAGGUCAAAGCUUGCCUCCUACUCAUUGCGGAGGGUGUGCGACUCAAGAAACUCAGCUCGGACUACAAGAUCUUUGGGCAUCGACAGCUGUUGGCAAGCGAAAGCCCUGGCGAUAAGCUGUACAAUAUUAUUAAAACCUGGCCACACUUUGCCAGUCGCUUUUGAACUGUAUCCAAAUGUAUUCUCAACUGAAUAAACACAAAUGUUGAAAAAUGAAUAAAAUGAAAUUAUAUGAUAAUUUUCGAAUAAUACACAGAGAGAUAGGUUGGAAUUUAAAUGAAACGAUUCGUUGGCUAAAGCUUAGAACUAAAAUCGGGUUUCUAUAUUUACUUUUUUUAUCAGAAUUGGCCUGACUUAUUAUUUUGUAUUCAUAUGAAAUUUAUUGCAAUA